AUGCCAAACGCUGUUAGAAGGCAUCUUCAUGGUUCUCAUAACCUUUUCGACAUACAUCAUUUGGCACGCCUUAUAUCUGCUAUCAGACUGUUCUCCUUCGCUGACUCGGCUUCCCAAAGCCAGAGGGGGUUUAACUCAAGAGCAAACUUGGCAAUGCUACUAGCAACCCUCGUCAUGUUUGCCUCAUCGACUGCCAGUUGGGCAUUGGGCUUUACCGUCAUUAUUAAGUUGAUUGAGAAUGAACUUCUCGUGGAUCCUGAUCAGCCACUCGAAAGCAAGUACGCCAUGGUAAAUCAAUCGGUCUUCGGUAUGAACAUUUCACUGCCUUAUCUGGCGCUUGUCAACUAUCUGAUCGGAGACGCUAUCGUUGUCUGGAGGGCUUGGGUAUUAUGGCGCAACAGCCCGAAAGUUAUGACUGUCCCGAUAGUACUCUGGACGUGUUCUGUAGGUCCGAAAUCUCGUCCAAAAUUUCAUGAUAAUACCGAAGUGACCUUCAACUUAUCUUUGAUCAUAGUUGCUUCUGUUCUGUUUGGCGUCUUCCAAAUCAUAUCAAUAUCCGUGCCAACUCACAGAAUGGGGAUCAUGACCGGCUACAGCCAACUAGCAUCUUGGGCAUUUGAACUGGCAACAAACAUAGUUGCCACAUCAUUGAUUGGCUAUAAAACAUGGACAUAUCGCCGAUUCAUCAGACAGAAUAUCAUCGGAAAAAAUCGCAAGACAAGCAUCCAAAAAAUCUUGGCCAUCCUCGUCGAGUCUGGAAUACUUUACUGCUUUGUAUGGAUAGCUCUCAUUGUUUGCGGGACUGUGCCUAUUUCUGGUGUUCGCGCGGUAGACGCCGGUGCGUCCGCCGAUCUUUUUCUCUCUGUAAGCAGUCAUAUCGCCGGUAUAUAUCCGACGAUCAUCGUCGUACUCGUCAGCAUGCAAAACACCGUAUGGGACGUUUCAGGCUUUACGUCCGAUGUUCUUAGCAAGCCACAAUUCAUCGCGCCUGAGACCGAUAUCCUCCCGAAGACAACGGGCCACGAAAGUAUCUCGCGUCCCACCCUUUCCACAAAGACGAGUGCUAGCACCCAAAUUGGGGACGCAGAUUGGUUGGAAUUGAAGGCUGACGCUAGGCAGAUACAAUGA